AUGGCAAUGGCAAGCCAUCUCUCUCUCUUUCUAGUUGCUCUCUCUACCAUUUCUGCAUCUGCUGAUGUUCUUUGGAACGUCGACUGUGGAUCAUCCGGCACCUACGUCGACGGCAAUUUCAUCGGGUGGAUGGGGGACAGCGACCUCAUACAAAAUGGGCAGUCCGAGGUGGUGCAAUCUAGCAACUCGGUCGACCAUGUGAUGAGCACGUUGAGAGUGUUCACGACUCGGAAGAAGAACUGCUACUCUCUCAAGGUCGAGAAGGGAGGCCAGAUAUAUGCCCGGGCGAGCUUCUACUACGGGAACUACGAUGACAAAUCAGCUCCCCCGACCUUCGACUUGCACUACGACGGGAAUUACUGGGACACGGUCGAGACUUCGAAUGACAAAGUCGUUUACUACGAGACCAUCUACGUGGUCAAGGGAGACUACAUGAGUGUCUGUGUCGCGCAGACGCAGCGUAACCAGUACCCCUUCAUGUCGGCUCUGGAAGUGCGUAGCUUGGGAUCCAACAUGUACAAACACGUCGAUUCCAACUACGCUUUGUACUUGAAAGCUAGGGUUGCUUACGGAACAAAUGCAGACGUUAGGUACUCAGCUGAUGCUUAUGACCGGAUCUGGCAACCCGCGGCCAUAGGGACCGGAUUGACUGUGGUCACAAGUGAUGCAUCGAUCGUAGAUACAAGCGUCGAUGAUAAUCCUCCACAAGCCGUGAUGCAGAAUGCAGUCACCACCUCUAAAGCAUCCAACCCCAUUCAAUUGACCAUUGAUUUUCCGGCGAAAGCAAUCCCCAUCUACAUGAACUUGUACUUCUCCGAAGUCACUCAGCUCGACACGACUCAAAAGAGAUCAUUUGAGCUAUACGCCAAUGACAAGCCUCUCACGAACCCGGAAAUUAUCGUCCCGCCUUACGGAACCGUCACCGAGAUGUGGCUCACUAACUUGAGCGCGUCUUCCAACACUUCGUUUUCCUUGGUGGCAACCUCGGAUUCAACUCUUCCGCCACUCAUAAACGCCAUGGAAGUGUUCUACGUCGAUGUUCUCACUGAUGGAACGAACAGCAAAGACGGUCGGUAUUCUUCAACUGAUUAUGGACUCUAUGAGUUAUUAUACUUGGAUGGAUUAUCCUCUCUUCAAACUGAAUUCACCAACUUACAAGACUGGUCUGGUGAUCCUUGUCUCCCUUCUCCAUACACCUGGGAUUGGCUCAACUGCAGUGGCGAUGCCACGCCUCGCGUGACGGCAUUGUAA